CCAUAUUCUUGGAAUUAUAGAGAUGACUUGUGUAUGGAUUUGCGUUUCUUAGUUUUCUUCCUUUCUCUCUUUCUUUGGUUGUGGCUUGGAAACUUUCCUCAGUUUUGUAUCAGCAUCUUCUCCGUUCUGAAAAAAGCUAAUUAAGAGUGCAAAAUACAGCCACAGAGGAAUGCAAAAAGAUGUGCUUUUCUUUCAUCAAACACUUUGAAAUAGAUUUCACUCUGGCCUGCCCUUGUACAUUCUCGAUGAGGUUGGAUCCUAAACACACAGUGAAACUGAGAUCAGGGUCCAAAUAUUGCAUAUUGAAGCCACAAAGAGAGUCUCUGUUGAUUUGAAUGGCGCUGAAGACUCUUGCCCUGUGAGUAAAAUUUCUCAUAGUAGCAGGACAUAUAGAACAUUAUUAUUAGUAUUGUUGUUGUGUAUUAAUUAGAGUUAAAAGAUUUGGAAUGGAAAAUAAGGGUAAGGUGUUGAUGCAAAAGUAUGAGAUUGGGAGAUUGUUAGGCCAAGGAAACUUUGCUAAGGUUUAUCAUGCAAGGCACCUCCAAACUGGCCAGAAUGUAGCCAUUAAGGUAAUUAACAAGGAGAAGGUUACGAAAGUUGGCCUAACUGAUCAAACUAAAAGAGAGAUAUCUGUUAUGAGAUUGGUAAAACACCCAAACAUAGUGCAGCUUUAUGAGGUCAUGGCUACCAAAACCAAGAUCUACUUUGUUUUGGAAUAUGUCAAAGGUGGUGAGCUUUUUCACAAGGUAUCAAAAGGAAGGCUCAAGGAGGACAUGGCAAGGAUGUAUUUUCAGCAGCUGAUCAGUGCUGUUGAUUUUUGCCACAGCAGAGGUGUUUAUCACCGUGAUUUGAAGCCGGAGAACUUGCUGUUAGAUGAAAAUGGAACAUUAAAGAUAUCAGAUUUUGGGUUGAGUGCCCUUGCUGAAUCCAAGAGGCAAGAUGGCCUACUGCACACAACUUGUGGAACUCCUGCCUAUGUAGCUCCUGAAGUUGUAGGUAGAAAAGCCUAUGAUGGCGAAAAAGCUGACAUUUGGUCUUGCGGGGUGAUCUUAUAUGUACUAUUGGCUGGUUGCCUGCCAUUCCAUGAUACAAAUCUUAUACAAAUGUACAAGAAAAUAGGCAAAGCCGAGUAUAAAUGCCCCAAUUGGUUUUCAGUUGAAGUGCGCAAGCUUCUGUCAAGAAUCCUCAACCCCAACCCAAAUAAAAGGAUUCUCAUUUCAAACAUAAUGGAAAGUCCUUGGUUUAGAAAAGGGUUAAGCUCCAAAUCCAUUACAACUAUAACAGAAGUCGAAAAACCGGCUUUGGUGGAUGUUGAUGCAGCAUUUGAUAAUUGUGACAGCAGUGAUCAUAAUACUGAGGCAAAGCAAGAGUUGGCCAGACCUACCAAUUUGAAUGCUUUUGAUAUCAUCUCUCUUUCAAGUGGAUUUGAUUUGUCUGGUUUGUUUAUGGGAAAAGGUACAAAGAAAGAAGCACAGUUCACAUCUGUGCAGUCUGCCUCAUCAAUUAUAUCUAAGCUGGAGGACAUUGCCCAGCAGCUGAGGCUGAAAGUAAACAAGGAUGGAGGGUUAUUGAAAUUGGAGAAAUCCAAGGAUGGCAGGAAGGGGGCAUUGUCCAUAGAGACUGAAAUUUUUGAGUUCACUCCAUCCUUUCAUCUAGUUGAGAUGAAGAAAUCCAAUGGUGAUACAUUGGAAUUUAAGAAGAUACUGAAAGAGGAUAUAAGACCAGCUCUCAAAGAUAUUGUGUGGGCAUGGCAAGGUGAGGAGAAACAGUAACAAAACAACAACAGCAUCUGCAUUCUUCCCAAUUGUGAUAUAUCUCAUUAUUCUUGAGUGAUCUAAAGCUUUUCUGAUUUUGAAGUUUUGUUUGAUGAAUUAUUCUUGUAACUACUGUAAUAUAUUAUUAUUAUAUCUGGCCUCAAUUGAAACUGUAAGCUUAUUGAAGUCAAAUAUUAUUAUGAGUGAGGCCUAAAAUCUUUUCCCUUU